AUGGGUGCGGGUCCAUGUAACACAUUUGAUACACCGAAUCGAGCGCGCCGAAGCGCACCGAAUCCCAACCCAGGGGAGAUAAUCAACCAGCCUGAUGGUGAGAAUGUCUACAAGGGCGUGGCCAUAGACUACAGAGGAAAGGAUGUCAAUCCAACUACGUUUCUAGACGUACUUCAAGGAAAUGAAGAAAAUGUAAAAGGGAUCGGCACUGGUAGGGUUAUAAAAAGUCAGUCUAAUGAUAAUUUAUUUGUCAACUUUGUGGAUCAUGGAGCUCCUGGCCUCAUCGCCUUCCCAACAAAGUUUCUUCAUGCUGUGGAUUUGAAUAUCGCCCUGGACCAUAUGCAUGAUAACAACCAGUAUCAUCAGUUGCUGUUUUAUCUGGAGACGUGCGAGUCCGGAUCAAUGUUCAGUUCCCUGCUACGAAAAGACUACAACAUUUUGGCCAUGACAGCAGCCAAUUCAACACAGUCAUCAUAUGCCUGCUAUUUUGAUAAGAAGCUGGGGACAUUUUUAGGAGAUUUAUUCAGUGUCAAUUGGAUGCAGAAUUCAGACCAG